GCCGCAGCGCCCGCCCGAGGCUCUGACCCAGCCCGGCCCCGGAGCCCUGACCCAGCCCGGCCCCGCCGCUCCCGGCCGGCCCAGCGGGAGGGGAAGGAUGCGCCCUGCCAUUGGCUGUCCCGCGGGGCAGUCACUGGCGGGAGCUUUGAUUGGCCUGCGGCGGGCAGGCUGCUCGCUGAUUGGCUGCGCGGGCGGCGCGGGAUUCGUGAGGGCGCUGUGGCGGCGCCGCGCGCUGUGCGCCCGUCCCUGUGUCCGUGUGCCCGUCCGUGUGUCGGCUCCUCGGUGCCCCGGGCUGCUGCCGGUCCGUGGGACCCCCUGGCUGCAGCGUGACCGCUCCCGGAGUUUCGCUGUGCCCCGGGCCUCACCCGCAGAGCGGCUUCCCGUGAGCGGAGUGCGCAAUGGUUCGGAGCCCGUCAGUCAAGGGCCGGCGUGAUCAUGACUGAUUUCAAUAAUUAUGGGAUGUGCUGCUCAUUGCUCUGCUGUGUCAGGAGAUGGACUGGGACCAGUUUGACUUGAACCCUAAAACAAUUGCUGCCCUGAAAAAAGCUGACAUAAAAUCAGUAAAAGAGAUUUUAAACCUGUCUGGAGCAGACUUGCAGAGGCUGAUGAAGCUCUCCAGUGCAGACAUCCAGUGCCUGCUGAGAACAGUCUCCCACACCCUGAGGAGGAACAGCAUGCUCACAGCACUUCAGCUCUACCAAGAUAAAGAUCAUUUCACCUCCCAGCACCAGAGGCUGAGCCUGGGCUGUUCAGUGCUGGACAACUUGCUAAAAGGAGGCAUUCCUGUAGUGGGAAUCACGGAGCUUGCUGGGGAGAGCUCUGCUGGGAAGACUCAGAUCAGUUUACAGCUGUGCCUGUGUGUGCAGUAUCCUUACAAGUAUGGGGGCUUAGAGUCUGGAGCUGUCUACAUUUGUACAGAAGAUGUGUUCCCAAGCAAACGCUUGCAGCAGCUCAUAGACCAACAGCAUAAGCUGCGUGCAGAUGUUCCAGCUGAAAUCAUACAGAAGAUCAGAUUUGGAAACAGUAUUUUUGUUGAGCAGGCAGCAGACCUGCAGGACACGUUCCAGCAGUGCAUCACGAGGAGGCUGUCCCUGCUGCUGGCGCGGGGCAUGGCGCGCCUCGUGGUCAUCGACUCCAUGGCCGCCCUGUUCCGCUGCGAGUUCGGCGCCGCCCAGGCGCCUCUCAAGGCUCGCUACCUGCAGAGCUUUGGGGCACAGCUGCACAGCUUGAGCACGAGGUUCAGGACUCCCAUCAUGUGCAUCAACCAGGUGACAGAUGCAGUGAGUGAGUCGGAGGCUGCUCAGUGCAGUUGCAGGGCAGUGGGUAGCAGAGUCACUCCAGCCCUGGGGAUAACCUGGUCCAACCAGCUGCUGAUGAGGCUGAUGGCCAGGCGGGAGCCCGGCCCCGCGCCCGCAGCGCCGCGCUGCGCUGCCAGCACCAGGACUCUGAGUGUUGUUUUUGCUCCUCAUCUCCCUCCAUCCUUCUGCUACUAUACAGUACAGUUGGAAGGUGUAAAAGGAAUAAAGUAAUGCUUUUGUAUGGUAAAGCCUCCUGCUCCAAAAAUGUUCCAGGACUUUGCUUUAGGAAGAAUUACCGGUGAAAUGCAAUUCUUGCUAGAUGAGAGAAAUUGAUGGUGAAGUAUAUGAACAAUGGUAUGGCUACAUUUAGCCUUGUCUGCAUUGUGCAAGACUAUCUUUUUACACUUGGAUGUUCAGCUUUUCCUUGUGAGAUGAGUGUCCUGGAGGUUCUGAAGGAAAGGGAAGCUGUGGGCAGGUGGAGGCUGCACAGUGGAGUGGGCUUUAGCAAUCCCCAUGAUGGGGGAGAUCUGAUGUCUAAAUUUUAUUUUAAUAGCAUGCUCAUCUAGAAACAGCAUUUACUGCAGUUUUGUACCCUGUUUCUAGACCCAACAGGACUUGAAAUUCAAGCAGUUUAUGUUGCCUGCUGGUGGUUCUCAUGCUGCCAAUUAAGG